GAAAUAUUGUUGCAGGCAUGUUUUGGUAACCAUCAUCCUGAUCAACCUUACUACGUACAUCAUGCAUGCGAGCUCAGGGAAGGGCACCCAAGAGCUUGGACUCUCUGUGUUACUAUACGGUCACAUGCAACAGGACACGCUUGCAUCGGAUGGCAUCAUGAUGGUGACCCAAGUAUAUCGCGCCAGCGACAGCCUGAGCAUCUCUGGCCUCUGGUACGUAAUUCCACUUUCUUCAUCGUCCACUCCAGACAACGUACAAUCAGAUGAUCUUCUUCGUCCGCUGUUUAUAGGAUGCAUGAUGAAGAAGGCGAAAGUCGUCGCCAUCUCGUUGGGAUCGCUGCAGCGGUUGAUCGCCCUCAAGGCCGUACCGCAGUCUGCUGUCGCACUCAUUGUAAGGACAAUGAACGAUGUCAUGAGCCAAGGCGUAGAAAUUCAACUUCGGAUCCUGCAAACCUUAGUCUCCUUGAUCACCAAUUUUCCUUCCAUACACGGAGAGCUCCUGGGAGAGGUACACUCUGUCUAUUAUUCCCGGUAUCUAUCUGGUUACCUGUCAAAGGCGUUGCUUCUCUGUUUUAAGCUGCAGGAUUCCAUGAUCGCAGUAGUCUCUUCAACAGCUGCAGCUACCCUGCGCCAACUCGUCAUGUUUAUCUUUGGAAAAAUGGUCAACGAGGAUCGUCAAGAGAGCAACGGCACUCCGGACCUGUCUGAGGCGGCGCUUCCGGACGGUAGCACCAAAGCGUUAAGACCUUGUGCCAAAGAUGCAUUCUCUGUCUUCGAAGAUCUAUGUCUCCUCGCAAUUUCAGAGAAACUCAACUUCUUGAAGCUCGACUACCUACAUAAGACCUUCGCCUUGGAGUUAAUUCAGGGCCACACGGAACUUUUAAUGUUGCUGCAACACUACCUUUGUCCACUCGUUUUGAAAGCUCUUUCCGACAGACAUGUCUUUCCGUUGACACUCAGAUGGACGCAAGUCGUAUUCUUGAUCCUGACGAAGUUCUCAUUCGAGCUAGAGGCAGAAGUUGAAGCAUUCCUAAUGAUUCUCAUAAGAAUGGUCUCAGAAGAUUUCGACGCGUCGAAUCCGGAUCAUUCUGGCUCACGUCCAAUAUGGACAAGGGUCCUUGCGGUGGAGAUAAUGAGAGGGGUAUGCAGCGAUGCCGAGCUUGUGCGAAACAUAUGGGAUCGCUAUGACGCGCAGCGACCGGGCUUCAAGGUCUUCAGCUCUCCUGUGAUUGCCUUAUUACUGAGAAACCUGCUCUACUCGGAUGCUACACCAUCGGGAUCCAAUUACGGUCUGGAUAUUGAUGGGGUUGCCGGGACGGUCACCACAGCUGCAAGUGCUACCGUGUCAGGAGUAGUCGGCAUAAUUAGGUCUGGUAUUGGUCUGCGCGUGCAGAACUCGGCAAUGAAGCUCCGAUGCAUCGAUCAAUUAGACAAAGCGGACUCGCCACCAAUCCCUGAAGCAUACAUUUACCUUCUCACUGUGCAAUGCAUUGUCUCCCUAUGUGAAGGCUUCGUGUCGUUCACCGGCCCACUGUACACGUCCAUCAUCGUUCAACGUCCUCGAGCGGCUGGCGAGCCUGUCAUUCGUGCACCUGCCACUCUUGACUUCUCCACACUCCCGCAGGACGAUCCUGUAACUCAGCAGUUCAUCAUUGUGUUUCUAGACUUCCAAAUCGCACUAGAGCGAGGCCUCCUCUCCGAUGAGCCAUCUUUUGCCUCCACACUCGCCCCUGACAAAAACCCAAGCACUGACCGGGCUCGCCUUCUUCGUGAGCGCGCGGUCGAUGUGUUUAGCGCUGCAAAAGAAAGCCUCGACUCAUGUCUCUCUUCAUUUGUCGACUCCUGGACCCAAUCGCUGACAGCGAAUCUUUCUGCCCCUUCGGGUGCCCCAGCGGAAUCUGAAGAUGACCUCGCAGAUCUGGAUUACUCCCCGCAGGACUGGAGCAACAUCCAACUCGUCUUGCACCUUCUCGCGUCUACACGAGCGGUGCUCGAUCGACUCAGCACUUUUGAGGAAUCUCAUGCCCCUAUUCCACUACUCACUACAACGCGGGCAUCCAUUGCGUACCUGGCUCGAGCCCUUCAGUCCUCCCUCCAGCAAACCCUUCUUGCCCCCUUACAUGCACAUCUCUCAUCCUAUGCAUCCCUUGCCCUCUGGGCGGUAUCGAGUGAUCCCAACAAUAUCGUCCAACACGUUGUGGAGGGGCUGUUGAAUCUCCCGUGGCUCUUUGAGGUAUAUGCAGACGACGACGCACUAGACUUCUCACUCAACACACUCUCGAAUGUUGAUGAAGCAUAUCUGAGUGGUUUGAGUGAACAGUCCCUUGAGCUGAGGCACAACCGACGAACUCCACUCGUCUUGCCUCCAAAGCCGGUGAUGCUGAGCCCAGAGGCAAUUGCAGCAGCCUUGCUGUCUUCCCUCGGAUAUUCUAUCUUAUCCUAUCUUACCAGCGACGUCCUACCGAAGAUCCGUACGCUUUCCAUCGCAGGAGUUGCACAGCUCUCAUCGGAUCUUGGUUAUUUGUCGAAUAUCGUGAGGGCACUUAAUGUCGAGUAUGAGGAAUUGGAUAGAUGGAAAGAGUAUGUGGGGAUGAACGACGAGGAAGGAAGUCGGGUGGUUGGGGAGAAAUUACCUGGAGAUCAGGUGUUAGUGCUAGUGGCGAAGAUGGGAGGGUGGUUGUGA